AUGCUCCAUCACGCCAUUCACCGACAUAUUUCGAGCCAUCUGAGAACAUUGCUACACCGUGACCGUGAGGGAGACCGUAUUCCCAGUUGCCUUCGUAUAUUAUGCCGUCUCCGGCAAAUAAGCCGUUACCAUGAGACACGAGUAAGAGAUGGUAACCUGUGGAGCAGGUUAUGUGACAGAUUAAAGCCUGAACUUAGAAGUAACGAUAUCAACGAUGUGUUGCGUGUAGUACAUGCACUUGCCAAGGUACCUUACAAAAAGGUAGGAUAUAUCAGAAAUAGUCUGAUUACAAUACAGAUAUCGUUCAUGAAUGCCGUGGAACGUAUGGUGUUACAUCGCCAUGGCGAUUUAGGACCUAGGGCUGUAACGCAGUACUUUAUUGACGCCACACGCCUGGAACAUGUCGAGGCUACUACGUUCCAGGCGGUGUUACGUGGCCGUAUUGUUGAUUUUCACAAUUUCUCGCCAUUUGAUCUGUGCUUCCUGGUACAUGUCUCUGCUAAGCUGCGACUUGUAGACAGCGUAAUAUUAGACGCUGUUACAGCUGAAUUGUUAAAAACAGGGAACUAUGAUCAACUGUGUAAGGAUCAGGAGUAUACCGUGGAGCUAAAGGAGAUUGUUGGAGUACUGCUUGAUCGAGUGGUGACGGAGUUGGAUAAGCUGCAACUUCUAAACGAUAUUAUCAGACUAGACUUGGAGUUUCAGCCUAGUACGUCUAAAAUGCAGUAUAAAAUAGGACCGUUAUUGGAUAGUCUAAAGGUUGCUAUAGAGGUUAACGGAUAUUCUCAUUUUUAUCAUCAAUCUAGAGAUUUUCAUGCUAUUACACUCUUAAAAUAUAAAAUUGUCAACUCACUAGGAUGGAAAGUGCUUAGUGUUAACUAUUUCGACUGGAAGAAUCGCUCUAGACAGGAUGAUGAACUUGAUCCAAGGAGGUUAAGACCAGGAGAAAUAGAUCCAGCUCCGGAAACUAAACCGUCACGGGCAGAUGCCGUUGAUAUGGAUGAUGAUGAGAAAGAGAUGCUCGCAGAAGCCCGAGCUCGUCUGGCAAACACCCGUGGUAAAAAGGCAAAGAGAAAAGCAAGGGAGAAACAAAUUGAACAGACACGUAGAUUAGCUUCGUUACAGAAACGCCAUGAAUUAAAAAAAGCUGGUGUAAAUGUAGGAGCAUUGAAAUUACAUAAAUCUAUUAUGGAUUAUGUUAAAGAGGUGCCGUUUGAAACACAGCCACCCAAAGGGUUCUAUGAGCCGGAAACUGGUCAUGAGAUAGAUGAAUCUUUACGUAGUAUUCAACAACUUGAAGGUAAACGUCGUGAUGAAGAACUUAGAAGGAUGCGAAAUGAUGAUUCACGUAAACUUAAACGGUUACAAGAAGAGAAUAUAAACGAAGCUAUGGCAGUGUUCCAAAAAUAUGAUGAACAUACCGCAACAAGAAAUAAAUUGGUUAUGCCAGCUCCCACAAUGACCGAUGAUGAGAUUGUACAGAUUGUUAAAAUGGGUGCUGAUGUACAGAUGUUUGAUGAUAAUGUGGCGACGUCGUCCUUCGCAAGGACUCCCAUGACCUCUAUUAUGGAAGAGGCACGUAUGGCAGCAGCUUCAAGCAGGCUUCAAACACCGUUAUUAGGUGAAACUAAUAUAGCAGCGGGUAUGAGGAAAGAGGGCAAUGAUCAAUUCCCAGUACCGGCAACGCCAAACCCACUCAAGAGACUGAUUUUCGGUAGUACAGCAAAUUCGAAAUACAGUGAGACCCCGUUAAGCAUAUACCAUGACCAAGAUGACGAUGAUGAAGAUCCGAUAGGUGCGAGAUUACAUGUUAAAGCUAGUAUCUCAAACCUACCUGCACCUGAAUCUGAUGUCGAGAUAACUCUAUCUGUUCCUGAAGGCCCAAGUGACGUCUAUAAUGAAGAUGUGGAUAUGGAUGAGGGUGAGCUUGAGCGUCACCGUGCAAUGCGUAUCCAGAAGUGUUGGUUGACGACCCCGAUUGCGAUGCCGAAGACCCAGAGUCAAAAGAAGCUAAAGAACUUUUACAACAGGAAUAUAUUAACAUGUUGCAAUGGGAUAGCGUCCAUCAUCCACAACCUGGAGGUAGGCCGUGCCUAUCUGCUGUUGGAGAAAAAGAGCUCUUUGAAUCUAAGUACCUCGAGCGAGGUGAUAGGGUCGUUUGCCUAUAGUACCGAUAGCAAGAGGUAUGUGCGGGAGUGCGAUUUGGACGUGGAGCAACGCUUAGAAUCUUUACGAGUGGAAUGCCGCGAGAUGGAGCGUCAUCUUGAUACUUUAGCCAAACGCAACAAGUCACUAGAGAGCAAGUGCACUAUCGCCACUGGAGGAUACCUACAUCGUCAAGGGGUGUUACUUCGUAGUAUCGGUAUGUGUAAACUAUGUGGAAUGACCGUUUAUACAGGUGACCUUUACGAUCGCAUUAUCGAUUUGGAGAAUGACUUGGUUUCGUAUAAGUCUAUGAAGGUAACUAUGGAAAAUAAUGUACCAGAUGAUCCAAAGGCCAAUGAUACGUUACCGGUAAACGCGCCUCUGUCGCUGGGCGAGAGGCUUUUAGCGAAAAAUACGAAAAAAAGCGGAGCCUCUGAUCCGAAGGUACGUAAAAAUGCAGCUAAAAAUAUUACAAAUGAAACUAAUAAACAAACAAAUGAUAACAAAAAAACGUCACAAAGUAUACUGGAUGGUGAUACUGGUGAAAAGUUCCUUAUACCAGGGAUGAAAGGGACAUAUCCACUCGGCUACAAGAACUUUAUCGGUAAAGGCACAAGCAAAAAUCCACCGCCGCCACCAGAUACACCACCAACGUCAUCCAAAAACAGUAACAGCAAGGGUCUAGCAGGAACAAGAUGGCGCAAAGAAGGAAGGAAACAACAUUACAACUCGGCACCACCAACGCAAAAAUCAUCACGCGAUAAUCUAGGAAAAAAGGAUGAACAGAUGGACAUUGGCAAUAAAACGGAUGAAGGAAAGGGAUGGAAAAGUCGUAGUUUCGAAAAAGGAAAUAAUAAAGGAUUCACACCAAGAGGAACGACCGAUGGACAAGGACAUGGAAAAAAAAAUAACGAGCGUAGUAACAAAAAUGAUAAGGAUAUGCAACAACAACGUCGUCAAUAUAAAGAACGGGAAUAUGCCGAUAGCAGCGCCACGGCAGAAGAUACGGAACAUCUAGUCAUUGGCGAUGAUAAACUCACACAAGAUGAACGUAAGCCCAAAGGAUCAAAUUCUGGGUCAUCACAAGAUGAACGUAAGCCAAAAGGAUCAAAUUCUGGGUCAUCACAAGAUGAACGUAAGCCAAAAGGGUCAAAUUCUGGGUCAUCACAAGAUGAACGUAAGCCAAAAGGAUCAAAUUCUGGGUCAUCACAAGAUGAACGUAAGCCAAAAGGACCAAGUCCAGGGUCAUCACAAGAAGAUGUGAAUCCGACAUCAAAGUCCACUGCAAGAAACAGGCAACGUGGUAAGAGAUGGCAACAACGUACAUCAACGGGAAAUACAACCGUGGAUAACCCGGCGGGGCAAACAAAAAACAGAAACAAGGACCCCUCAACAAACUUGUCGGCUUCAGAAUCUACAAACGUAGAUGAAAGUAUAAGCCAACUGACGGAACAAAUCAACACACUCAACACAAAUGGCGGUAGGAAUACCACCGAGGAAGGGAAAAAACACCGAUACCGAAAACGGUAUUACAAUAAUCACACAAAAGGUAACCAGAAUGAUACAAAUUAA